AUAUGCUCGGAAUGGAGUAAAUCAAAAGCAUCAAGUUGGUGGGUCUGGAAUCAAGAAGAAGAAAGUUCCGAAGAAAAGAACGACGACCAUGUGUUCCACCGUGUUCUGCUUCGUUCUCGUGAGUCGUAAGUUGCUCAGUUGCCCGGUGUCAGCCCUACAGAUCGGUGUUCUCUGCUCCCGUCUGCGCAUCAUGGCCGCCAAUGACUCCAAACAUCCUUCGGAUGGGGUUGAUAUUGAGAAUAUCUCGGAAGGAGAGGAGGAUGUUGUGUUAGAACUCAUUAAGAUGAAAGAACAGGAUGCUAAACUUCUUCAUAAAUACUGCAAAGAAAAUAGAAGCUUGAAGAAAGAGUUGGAGAGAAGCAGGGAGGUUAACGAAGACUGGAAAGUAAAGUUUGAAGAAGAGAAGAGGCGGAGAGAGGUGGCAGAGAGGAAGUGUGUAGAGGCGGCCAGGGCUCUAGAAAGUUUAGGGAAGAAAGCAAGACAGAAAGCAGAAGCAAGGGAGACAGAAAUGCAGUAGGAUCAGACAAGAAAAACAUACUAUA